AUGUCCACCACCCCAAGAACGACUGCUCCUUCCAUCACCAUCACCAUUAGCCCACCAAUUAUUAAUAGUAGAAGCUUUACUCCGCCAUCGCCAACCCGUCUCAAGGCAACCACUUCUCCUUUCCAUUUUUCCUUGGACUUGCCAAGUGGCGGAAACAACAAUCACGGUGGCCGGAACAACAAUAAUAACAACAACAAUAAUGACGGAUGGUGGUGGUGGAAUGAUGACAGUGAUUAUUCCAACCCCUUUCCCCUAUUCUUCUUCUUCUUCUUAUGCUCGUCCGCUGUGUUGCAAUUGGCUUCUUCAGCAGUUGCAAGAACUCAACAAGAAGGGGGAGAGGAGGUUUGGGAAGUUAAAGGGGACAGCUGGGCUAGACUUGUUCCUGAUUUCUCUAAGGAUGAGUUUGUAGUGUCUCCAACAUCAUCGUCGUCAUCUCCGUCACUAUUUUCUGUUAAUGAUUUAUGGUCCCAAUGCACAGCCCUGUUCGUACGCCUCAUGCUUCCCCAAGGAUUCCCACAAAGUGUUACCUCUGAUUACUUGGAUUACUCUCUUUGGCGAGCUGUCCAAGGCGUUGCUAGCCAAAUUAGCGGCGUUCUUGCCACCCAGGCAUUGCUUUAUGCUGUUGGGUUGGGGAAAGGAGCUAUUCCAACGGCUGCCGCCAUCAAUUGGGUGCUGAAGGAUGGAAUUGGGUAUCUCAGUAAAAUCGUCUUGUCCAAAUAUGGACGACAUUUUGAUGUUCAUCCUAAAGGGUGGAGGCUGUUUGCUGACCUUUUGGAAAAUGCUGCCUUUGGUUUGGAGAUGUUAACUCCUGCUUUUCCUUCGCUCUUUGUUUUCAUCGGUGCCACUGCUGGAGCUGGUCGCUCUGCUGCUGCUCUUAUCCAGGCAAUUUUCCUAUCAAUCAUGCCACUUCUAAAUUAUGCUGCUACAAGGAGCUGUUUUUUUGCUGGUUUUGCUGCCCAAAGAAACUUUGCUGAGGUAAUUGCCAAGGGUGAAGCUCAAGGAAUGGUGAGCAAGUUUAUCGGUAUAAUGCUUGGUAUAGCAUUGGCUAAUUGCAUAGGCUCCUCAACACCCCUUGCUCUUGCUUCUUUUAGUGUGGUGACAUGGAUCCACAUGUUCUGCAAUCUGAAAUCAUAUCAAUCAAUUCAACUAAGGACUUUAAAUCCCUAUCGUGCAAGUUUAGUUUUUAGUGAAUACCUCCUCAGCGGCCAAGCACCUCCAGUCAAAGAGGUCAAUGCUGAAGAACCUCUUUUUCCAGCUGUUCCAUUUCUUAAUAUAUACUCUAAGGACAAUGCACAACCAAUCGAUCUAUCUUCAGAAGCGAUGAAUGCAGCUGCUGAAAUUGAGCAGAGGCUGCAGCUGGGAUCAAAGCUCAGUGAUGUUGUCAACAACAAGGAUGACACGGUUGCAUUGUUCAAUUUGUAUAGAGAUGAAGGCUACAUUUUGACUGAGCACAAGGGAAGAUUCUGUACCAGGGGGAAGCUACAUAUCUCUUUGGAAUAUGCUCAACGGGAAUUCAACCAUGUGAAAAAUGAUAGUGAAUCAAUGGGUUGGGUCACUGAUGGACUUAUUGCCAGGCCUUUACCAAAUAGAGUUCGUCUAGGAAACCUGGCCUCUUCAAUUGCAAGCUGA